CCCUGUUAUAUAAAUGUAUUAAUUGCAUGCAACAUGAUAGUAUCAAAGGAAUGCAGAUGCAUGUGCAAUCCAUUUCACUUACAGUUUCCAAGUUCAGACAAGCUAGCUAGGUUGUGCUAUGUGCAAGAAUCAUGGAUCUAAUUCUCCAAGUUUGUGACAAAUACUUCUUUUCUCCUGUUGUGUAUCCAGUGUCAUGGCCUGAAGACUACAUUGUGAGACAGUACAUCUCUCUGUCCAUUAUCACCAGCAUCGGUGCAUGGCUGCUCUACUUUGCUACAGCUUGCUUUAGCUACUAUUUCGUUUUUGACCACACAUAUAUGAAGCAUCCCCAAUUUCUGAAGAACCAAGUUCGCCUUGAGAUCACUUACUCCACAACGAGUGUACCAUUUAUGGGUUUGCUCACUGCCCUAAUGUUUGUGCUUGAAGUUAGAGGAUACAGCAAACUCUACUACGGUUCUAAUGACAGUGCAUUCUACUCUAGCUGGCUCUUCCUAGCAAUCAGUGUAGUUACUUUUCUCAUGUUUACUGACUGCUUCAUCUACUGGAUUCACCGAGGCUUGCAUCAUCGCUCCAUUUACAGAUACAUGCACAAAGGACAUCAUAAGUGGAAGGUCCCCACUCCAUUUGCCAGCCAUGCAUUUCAUCCACUCGACGGCUUCCUGCAGAGUCUUCCCUACCAUGUUUACCCAUUCAUAUUCCCAUUGCAUAAAGGUUUGUACUUGAUACUCUUCGUGAUGGUCAACAUCUGGACAGUGUCCAUUCACGAUGGAGAUUGUAAAGUACCCAAAAUUUUGGAGCCUUUCAUUAAUGGCACUGCACAUCACACCGAUCACCAUUUGCUAUACAAGUAUAACUAUGGUCAGUUCUUUACACUGUGGGACAGGUUAGCAGGGUCCUACCAACAGCCCACCUGCCUGUCUGUCAACACACUGCUCGAUGAGCUCAAGCAGCUGGAUAAAAAGCAAGAAUAACUGAAAUCGCUACUAUUAAUGUACAUGCACUUUCACCGAAGUACCACCUGUUUUUGUUUUUGUUGAAAUUGUUUUUGUCACACUUGUUUGUUUUAUGAAUCAUUUUUUUGUCCACCUGAUUUGUUUGUGUUCGCAGUUUCACUUUAAUAUCACAUCUAUUAAUUAAUUUUUUUGUAUUUGUCA